AUGGCAACUCCCAAAUUCAACUCCAAGUCGCCUACGAUACGACGUAUACAAUCAGACCUGUUCGAAUGGCACUUCACCUUCAGAGGCCCUCCCAACUCGUCCUACAGCGAAGGCAUCUACCACGGCCGCAUCGUGCUGCCCCCCACUUACCCCCUCCGCCCGCCAAGCUUCCGCUUCCUGACGCCGAGCGGCCGGUUCGAGACCAACCGCGAGAUCUGUCUGAGUAUCAGCGGCCACCACGAGGAGACAUGGCAGCCCGCUUGGGGCGUGAGGACGGCACUUGUAGCGUUGCGAAGUUUCAUGGAGACGGAUCCCAGAGGUCAACUCGGCGGUCUCGAGACAAGCGACGCCGUACGAAAGCGCCACGCCACAGCAUCACAUGCGUUCAAGUGCUCAACAUGCGCAAAAACCAAUAUCGAAAUCAUUCGAGAGUGCGAAGAGGCCGCCAAAGCCAACGCCGACUCCUCUGAAGCCACGACCGAAGUUGAGAUCCCGUCCGAACUGAAGUUGAGCUACAAGGACGAGUUGACCAAGGCUGCGGCGGGUUCAGAAGAGGGCCAGGAGGCGACCACGACGGCGGCGGCGGUGGCGGUGGCACCGAGGACUGAAGCGGUUGAUACAGAGAGCGCCGAGCUGGCGGAGGGUUUUGUUCGUACGGCGCCCGAGACAAACGCAGCAGUCCCGAGUACGGCGCCAGCUUCACAAACUUCGGCGGUAUCUUAUCCUCCUGCUCGUCCGGGUCAGGGGAUCCCCGCCCCUACGAGGACAGUUUCGUUGCCCCCGGCUCCGAAUGUUAGUGUACGUCAGCAAGCUCCUCCAGCUGCUCGUGCCUACGACGAGGGUGUUCCGCUUUGGAUUGAUCGAGCGAUUGUCGUGCUCGUCGUACUUCUGCUGGCUAUGAUUCUCAAGGUCUUACUUGAUAUGUAG